UUUCUCCCGUGAUUCGAUUGAAUCACUUGCGUGGUGAUUUUCUCUCUCUUUCUCUCGCUCGAUUUUUUUUGCCAUUAAAGGAUGCGCUUUUCUUGCUCUCCGUGGCUUGCUCCUAAAUGGGUGGCUCUUGGAUUCUCGUUUGCUGCUUUAUGCGCGUGAGGCGCAUGAGUUCUUGAUUUUGGUUCCGGCUGUCUAGUGGCCUCCCGUGCGAUCCGUGCCCGAUUGGGGAUCUUGGUCAGCGAAUGGCGCGCCCUUUUCUUGCUCCCUGAUCGCUCCCGCUGAGAUCUUGUGAACGAAGAUGCGAUUUCUCGCGGUUCUUGAUGCGUGCGCCACGAGUUGUCUUGGCAUUGGUGCUGGCCGCCGCUCUCGGCUCGGUCCGCGGCGAUGUGCGGCGGCUGCGGGACCAGGCGCCGCCGGGGCUGCGGCCUCACAGCGUCACCAUCACCGAGUUCGGCGCCGUCGGCGACGGCAAUACCCUGAACACGGUGGCCUUCCAGAACGCCGUCUUCUAUGUCCGCUCCUUCGCCGACAAGGGCGGCGCGCAGCUGUACGUCCCCAAGGGCCGGUGGCUCACCGGCAGCUUCAACCUCACCAGCCACCUCACCCUCUACCUGGAGAAAGGAGCUGUUAUCAUCGGCGCAAAGGAUUCAUCACAAUGGCCGAUCGUGGAACCUUUGCCAUCUUAUGGCCAAGGACUAGACCUUCCUGGUCCUAGACAUCACAGCUUAAUAAAUGGAUACAAUUUAACUGAUGUUGUUAUUACUGGGAACAAUGGAGUUAUCGAUGGCCAGGGCUCAGUAUGGUGGGAUUUGCUUCGCUCCCAUGAACUGAAUUAUAGUCGCCCUCAUCUUGUGGAGUUUUUAUAUUCUGAAGAAAUUGUGAUCUCAAACUUGACAUUCUUAAAUUCGCCAGCCUGGAGCAUACAUCCAGUGUACUGCAGCGAUGUAAAGGUCCACAAUGUGACGAUUCAGACCUCACUGGAUGCUCCACUGACGGCUGGCAUAGUUCCAGAUUCAUGUUCAAAGGUUUGCAUUGAAGAUAGCACCAUUAGUGUCAGUCAUGAAGCCAUCUCACUGAAAAGUGGGUGGGACAAGUAUGGAAUUUCUUUUGGAAGGUCAACGUCGGACAUUCAUAUCAGCAGAGUGGAUCUGCAAUCAUCUUCUGGUGCUGCUCUUGCAUUUGGCAGCGAGAUGUCUGGUGGGAUCUCAGAUAUUCAUGCUAACCACCUACGCAUCCAUGAUUCCUAUAAGGGCAUCUCCUUUAAGACCUCACCGGGCCGUGGAGGUUACAUAAAAGUAGUGGUCAUCUCCGAUGUACAAAUGGAUGAUGUCCAUGUCGGCAUUGAGUUCACUGGUAACUGCUCAACCCACCCAGACGACCAUUUUGAUCCAUCUGAGCUGCCAGUGAUUAGUCAAAUCACACUUCAGAACAUGGUCGGCACAAACAUCUCGGUUGCUGGAGUUUUGUCAGGGAUUGAUAGUGAUCCAUUUACUGCUAUCUGCCUUUCCAAUGUCAAUUUUUCGAUGUCAGAUUCAGCUCCUUCAAGUUCCUGGUCUUGUUCCAACGUUUCUGGAUACUCUAAAACAGUCUUUCCCGAACCUUGCACAGAACUUUGUGAUCCAUCCUCUAGCUCUUCCAUUUGCUUCUCCCUUUCUAGUUACAGUGCCCUUGCAGUAGCAUAAUCACAUAUAGAGUAUUCUGUUCAUCCUUCCCUUCCCUUGUUCCAGUCCUUGUACAAUCCAGUUACAUUGAGUCUCCAUCACCAUCCUUUCAUAAUUCUUUCCCAAUAAAUGCAUAAAAAAGAACCAUAUCACUCCCCCGCUUAUGGCUGCAUAAUGAUCUUAGGAGGAAGAAUCAGGUGGGGUUGUGGACAGCUAGGUGCUUGCUUGUACAGCUACAUUUCUUUAUUCAAUCUGUAAGAAGAAUUUUCUUUUUGAUAGGUGUUGAGUGCAGUACUGUUGCUUCAUACUACUGUCAUUUGGUUAUAAAUUAUCACAUCAUGAUUAUAAAUUAUUUGUGUAUAUUCCAUCUCC